UUUAUAAUUACCUACGUUAUUUGAUUGUUCAACAAUAAUAAAAUCUGUGUCUAUUAAAUUUUAAAAUUCAGUUGUCGAUUACAAUUUAUCUAUAGUUUACUGGCUUUGUGUACUCAUGUGAAACUCUGAACUCAUCCUUAAUCUUUGGAAUCGAAGACAUUGCCAUUGAUCUAUAGAUCAAUUUUACAACAACGCAACCAUAAGUAAAUUACACUGUUUCUUUUUCCGGAUCUCAAACUUGAAAACUUAUCAUUAAGUUAAUCAAUCUUAAUGUCUUUAGCGAUCUCAUUUUAAAAUAGAAUUCCCAUUUGUGAAAGUGUCGUUUGUUCCUUUGUCUCAAAAAGUUCUUAAUUUUAAUUCUUUUUCACAUGAAGCCAUAGAUAGGCCCUAUGCAGAUGGUAAGGAACGUUGAAGGCUUUGUUUAUUGAUUUAGAGAUAUUUUUUAAGGUCUUAGUGGCAUAUGAAUCAUGCACUGUCAACUUUUAUUUUCUUCUAGAAUAACUUUUUGUUGCCUUUAGACCCUUCUCAGGCGUGGUAUUUCUGUUUGAAUGUCGCCUUCUGAAUAAUCAACAUAUCCGCAAAAAAAAGAAAAAAAGAAAAGGUUUAAUUAAUCACCACUUUGACAAUAUUCUAAAGAUGGGCCUACUCUUGGGUAUAUUUGGUCUUCUAGAACAUCUCCACCCCCCAAAAAAAAAAAGUAAAGAUAGGUAAAAUAAAAAACCUUAAGCUGAGCCUCUAUUGGCAAUAAUUUCAGAACAAAAAAAAUAUUUCAAUCGUAUCCAAAAAAUGCUAUGAUGCAAAAAGCUAUUUUUAAAAAAAAAUAAUGUAGACCACAUAGAUUGAGUGAACGUUAUACACAUCUAUUAAAUAGCUAUUCUAUUGGUUGUUAAUAAAUUUCCUAUAUUCCUCCAUGGUUCCAGACAUUGAAGCUGCAUUUUCAUAUCUUUGAGCUCCACAUAUAAAUUCAAGCUCAACCUUUUCUAGACAUUUUAAGUAGAGAUGGGAAUCGAACCCAACUUUUAAAGUUCGGGUUCGGUUUGGUUUGGUCAGAUUUAAGUUCGAGUUCGGUUCGGUUUGAUGACGAGUAUAGUUCAGGUUCAUUUCUGUCAGGUCUAAAGUUCGGGUUCGACUCGGUUCAAUGUUAUGAAAUUAUGUAAUAGCAAAAUUAAGUUAUAAGGUUUAAUGCAAUUUAUUAUAUAUGCCAAACCUGCGAUCACAGCUGUGUAUCAAGGAUUGGCCUCUUUAGUCACACAAGAAGUUGCAAAGGGAAAAGAUCGUCUCUCGAGACAUAAAUGCCACAGAUGGAGAUGGAUUUGUUAAAACACUUUCAUUUGAAUUUUUACAUAAAACAAAUACUUUGCACAUAUAAUAGGCCUAUGGGCAAUACUUUUUCCAAAAUAAUGUUGCCUACAUACAUUUUAAGCGUUGUAAAAAUUUCUUAAUGGAGAUAGAAUUGAAGAUGUGGCAGGUUUUUGCUUAAGUCGGCAAGUGGUUUAAUUCUGGGCGUGACUCGGCGCUAAGCGUAUUCUAACAUUUUCUCUUAGUGAGAAGAGAUAAUUUGUUUUAAAGGCUAAUAUUGAUGUGUUUUCUUUCAGAACGCACUAUUCAUCAUAAUAAAAAAAAAGUCGAGGGCCAUAUUAAAUCUAAUAAUAAAGAGGCAGACCUGGCCAAUAGAAUUAUGCAAGGGACAUUCUAGUCCAGGCUGUAAAAAAUAUUGGCAAUUAUAAUGUCUCAAUUAGUAUUUAAAGACUUUUGUAUUCAUUGGAUUUUUGACCAUCCUUGGUAUGCCAUCAGUGGAUGUUUUGCAAGCUUCUACACAGUUUACUAUUUGGCUUUUAUUGUCAAGAGGCCAAUCUUAUCCUGUGGCGACAAAAAAUUUAGACAAUUUAUCGACACAUAUUGUCCUAUUUCCAAAGAAAGAUUCUGGCCAACUUGGUGGUGUUUUGAAUCUCGAGCUCAAACUAUCCUUCGAGCUUUAAUUCAGUCAAGUCCUAAAGUAGAUUACACAAGUGAGCAUCUGACCACAUCUGAUGGAGGUGAGAUAAGGUUAGACUGGAAUGAGAAUGAUAGUAAUAGUAAAUUUUCAAAGCAUGAGCGACCAACAAUCCUUAUGUUGCCUGGAUUAACAGGCAGCAGUAAAGAGAAUUAUAUUCUACACAUGGUAUAUGAUGCCAGAAAUCUGGGCUACAGAAGUGUUGUUUUUAACAACAGAGGUACUGGAGAUACUCAGUUGAAGACUCCACGCACUUACUGUGCUGCAAAUACUGAAGACACUGAAUUUGUUAUCAAACACAUACGGACCAAAUAUCCUAAUGCACCCCUUAUUGGUGUUGGAGUGUCACUAGGGGGCGCUAUAUUAUUCAACUAUUUAGCAAAAUUGGGAGAUGAGAGUGAAAUUGAGGCAGCCCUCAUCUGUUCCCCAGCUUAUGACUUCAAAGAGUCAACAAAAAUGCUGGAACAAGGAUUAAAUUAUUGGAUAUUUAAUCAGAGGCUUGCAAGAAACCUUUGUAAUUUAAUAAGACUUAUGAUACUGUUCAACUAUAUGGCAAAAACUGGGAAAUCAGCUUGUCUCCUAGCGGCCAUGAGUAUUUCUGUAGGGUGGGAUGUCUUUGCUGCUUGUAAUUCAUUGGAUAAAUUUGUUAACUAUUAUCUUUUCAACAAAACUCUAGCCAGAUCUUUAUGUUAUUUAGUCAAGAAGAAUUUACAUCUAUUUGAGCGGAAUGUAAAUAUUGAUACUGCUCAUGUUUUAAAGAGUGAAUCUAUCAAAGAUUUUGAUGAAAGAUUCACCUCAAAACUAUUUGGCUACAGUUCUGUUGAUCAUUACUACACAGAGGCCUCCCUUCACACUAAAGUUCAUUCUCUUGCAAGACCAGUAUUAUGUUUGAGUGCUGCUGAUGACCCAUUUGCACCAGAAACUUCUAUACCCAUGAAGGAGGCUGAAGAGAAUGAAAACAUUGCUAUAGUAAAGACAGCCUGUGGUGGCCAUAUUGGAUUUCUAGAAGGCACUUUUCCCAGUGACAGAAGCUACAUGUACAGAUGGUUCCAGCAGUUUGUGUCUGGUAUGUUUGAACAUGGUUUAAAAAGUGAUUGACAUCAUCAUUAAUUAGAAAAACGUUUAUAAACAUACUUAUAUUGACAAACAAAAUUAAUAAUAAUAAUAAUAACCUUUAUUAAACAUAACACAAUUUGUCUUACAAUUUAUGCAUUACACCAAAUAAAACAUAACUAUAGAAAACCAAAAUAUACAUUCACACGAGACACACUCUAAAUUUACAUGUGAAAUCUUUAUAUCAGAUAGUUCAAUUGUAUUUAAUGAUUUGAUUGCCAGGGGAACAAAAGAGUUUUUGUGUUUGUCUUUGCUUUCGUUCUCUUGUAACUUCUUUUUUUACAGUUUUGAAGUUAAAUAUAAUUCAGUUCACUUUUAAACUACUUAUUUUAAAAUGUUGUAGGCUAGGUUAGAAAAAAAAACAA